AUGGAACCAGGGGUCGAAUCCUCAGCGGCGUUCAGCUUACUCUCCUUGUCAAUUGCAGCUCCCAUACCUGUUCCAUCUGUGAACUCACAGCCAGAACUUCCGGAUUCCUUGUUGUUUGGCAAUGGCGGUAGCUUCGGGGGUUCUGACUCUAACAAUGCUGCGCCUCAUUCAGCAUCUAAUGCUGGUGGCUCAGUUGGAAAUACUUCAGCCUUGAAACAUCAUCGAAGGUUGUCGUCUACAGGGAAGACCAGGAGAAGACUCAGUGAUGCUCGAGAUGCAGCUUCUAGACCAUCGCCCGCAUCUUUGUCCCUCUCAGGUCUGUCUCUCAACUCGCCACCUCAAACGCAAGUCCCUCUUUCAACAUCAUUCACGACUGCCGUCGGUAGUAGCUCACCUGUGAACAUUUCUGGAGAUCAAGGACAAACAGCAUAUGACGGAUUGUCGCUGUCUGUAGGCUCUCCAUCAGGUUCGGUUCCAGGUGCUCUGGUCAAUGGUACACCUCCAUCGGCAGACGGUUUCAAGACUGGUGCAGCUGGUAGUCUACCAGCACCGACAUUGGCGAAGCCUGUCCCCAUAGUUAAGAACGGGAAAAAGAGGGGAAUGGAUCACAAGUGCGAGAGUUGUAACAAGGUUUAUCGUCACCCCUCUUGCCUCAUAAAGCAUCGUUGGGAACACACUCCUCACUGGCGCGAAUCUUCUAAAUAUGUUUUGAGCAAGCAUCAACAAGUCCAGCUCCUCGAGGCUGCGGCUAUUUUAUCCCACUUCUCGCCUGAUUCUGCUACGGGUACCUCCCUUCCAGAAGAUCGCAGCCUAUGGCCAAGCUUCCUCAGCGGAGGGACAUUGCCGUUACCCGAAGGUAGUAGCUCUGUACCAAAUAACACAAUUGCCUCGUCGACGAGAGCAACGAGUACUGGUCCGAGGUUACACAAUUAUGCGAUUGUAGCAGCCGACGCAGUCAAGGUGAGGCCGGGCUUAGUGGUCGCUAACGGGAAUGCAACAAGUGCCGAAAGCCCGAGUGUGACGGGUUCUACGCCGAUUCCCGUGCCUAACGGAACGGAGGUCUAUGGCUAUGGCUAUGGUUAUGGCCGUACUGGAGGUUCCUCCGCUAGUACCCCUGGAAGCAGGGGCAAGUCUUGGGGCGAUCGUUCUUCAAGUCCUCGUCGCAAAGUUUCGGGAUCAGUGCCACGCUCUACAGGUGUAGGCGGUACUUCGCUUUCUCUUCCCCGCUCCAGUUUACGGAGCGGUAGUUCCUCUUCUGCUUCUGGAAGCGGUGGUCGAUCAGGUUCAAGUGAAUUGGAUGAUGAAGACGAAGCUGAGGAUGAAGAGGAUGACAACGAUGUGGAUGUGGAUAUCGUGGACGUGGAAGGGGAUGUAUCAGGGAGAAUGAGGUAUCCUUACGAAUAUGAUACGGGGGUGAAGGUUGGAAUGAAGCCCAUGAAAGAGGAGGAAGAAGAUUGGGAAAUGGAGAUGGACAUGGACUAG